AUGAAGGAAAAACAUUGUUCUGAGUUCUUCAAAGAGCCAAAAUCAGAAAGCAACGAGUCUUGCGUUCUUAGUAAUGCUCGUGCUAUGCCAAUUUGUUACUGUGGUGAUGCUGCUGUGAUUCGUAGGGCAAACACUGACAAGAAUUUCGGAAAGAAAUUUUGGGGAUGUAUCAAUUACAAGGGGUCGGAGCAAAGAGGUUGCGGUUUUUUCAAGUGGUUCAAUGAGGAAGUGGUGGAAGACAAAUGUGAAGAUUUGAUACAUAAGUUUAAAAUCUUAUCCAAGGAAUUUGAAAAACUGAAGUGCAGAAAUGAGGAUUUAGGGAAUAGGGAUGUUUUAGUAUUGGCAAUUAGGAUGUUUCUGGUUUUUGAAUGUGUAGUUUGA